AUGGCUUCAAGGAAAGUUGAAAAAGAUCAGAAAAUUCAAGUGUCUUUGAGAUGUCGACCUUUGAAUGGAAUCGAGAAGAAACAAGCCUCUUAUUCUAUAGUUGAUUGUAAUAAAGAUAAGAAAGAGGUGACAGUAAAGGAAAAACUUGGUGUCAAUCCCUACACAAAAACGUUUAAUUUUGAUCAUGUCUUCCCUCCAUCUAGUAAACAAAUUGAUGUAUAUAAAAGUAUUGUUACACCCAUUGUUGAUGAAGUUUUACAGGGCUACAACUGUACCAUUUUUGCAUAUGGUCAAACUGGUACAGGUAAAACAUUUACUAUGGAAGGUGAAAGAAGUAAAGACAGUGAUGUUUCUUGGGAAGAUGAUCCUUUAGCUGGUAUUGUACCUAGAGCUAUGUAUCACAUAUUUGAAAAGCUUUCAACACAGGAAGUUGAGUUUUCAGUGCGUGUAUCAUAUUUAGAAUUGUAUAAUGAAGAGUUAUUUGAUUUACUUGGUUCAACAGAAGAUUCUCUCAGACUCAGAAUUUAUGAUGAUGCCACUAAAAAGGGAUCAGUGAUUAUACAAGGUUUAGAAGAUGUAGUAGUAAGAAAUAAAAAUGAAGUGUAUCAGAUAUUAGAACGUGGUGCUGCUAGAAGACAAACUGCUGCUACAUUGAUGAACGCUACUUCAAGUCGUUCUCACAGUGUGUUCUCUGUUACUAUACAUAUCAAAGAAAACACUAUAGAUGGUGAAGAAUUGUUGAAAACUGGUAAAUUAUACUUGGUUGAUUUAGCAGGAAGUGAGAAUAUAGGUAGAUCUGGAGCUGUUGAUAAGAGAGCAAGAGAAGCAGGAAAUAUUAACCAAAGUUUAUUAACAUUAGGAAGAGUUAUUACAGCUUUAGUUGAACAUGCACCUCAUGUUCCUUAUAGAGAGAGCAAGUUGACAAGAUUGUUACAAGAUUCACUUGGAGGAAGAACUAAAACAUCUAUUAUAGCUACCAUUUCACCAGCUUCCUGUAAUUUAGAUGAAACAUUAAGUACAUUAGAUUAUGCUCACAGAGCUAAGAAUAUUAUGAAUAGACCUGAAGUGAACCAGAAACUUACCAAGAAAGCUUUGUUGAAAGAAUAUAAUGAAGAAAUUGAAAGAUUAAGAAGAGAUUUACAAGCAGCGAGAGAGAAAAAUGGUAUUUUUAUAGCUGAAGAUAAUUAUGUUGCUAUGCAGAAUAAACUAAUAAGACAAGAUGAGUCUAUUAAAGAAAUGGAAGACAAGAUUGAGUUUUUAACAGAAGAAAUGUCCAAGUUAACAGAAAUGUUUGAAGAUACCAAGAAAGACUUAGAAGAUACAACAGAACAGUUAGCUGUAACAUCGCAAAAUCUAGAGAUAACAGCUGAAAAUCUUGAUAGAACAGAGAAAACCUUACAGAUAACAGAGAAAGAUAGAAAUGAACAGAAAUAUCUUGUAACUGAACAUGUCAAGACAGAGGCAGCCUUAUAUUCAGAGGCUUUAGAGCUCCUUGAUACAGCUGAGUCAUCUACUAGUGAUGUUAGUGGAUUACAUGCUAAAUUAGAUAGGAAAAAAAAUGUAGAAAGUAAAAAUGAAGGUCAAAGAUCAACUUUUAGAGAAGAUUUUCAAAACAGCAUUGCUACCAUGGAAACCAAAUUGGAAGAAUUUGCCCAAACUCAGAAUGGUUAUAAACAAUCGUCAUUGGACCAAAUAGGUAAGAGAUGA